AUGACGUCGAAAGGCGUCCCGCUGUUAUUCUCUUCCCCCGUCAUUCCCAUUCUCUGCCUCUCUAGGAGGAGGACUCUUUUCUUCCGACGAAGCUCUGAAGGAAACCCAGGGAAGGGAGGAUUCUAUGGAGACACCUCUGGUGUGAUGAGAAAUAAACCAGCAUGGAGUGGACGCUGAAGAGUGGGAGCCAAAUGUGCCGGAAGGAAACCAGUCCUAUAAGAAGAAGAAAUCCUCGCAAGGUGCUGAUCUUGUUAAACUCUUAACUUCAACUACAGAUCAGAAAGAAAAAAGAGUCAAGUGUCCAUGUUGACAUUAAACACACCUAUCACUGUUGAUAUGGGUGGAAAAGCCUAUAAAUGUGCUGAAUAUGGGAAGAGCUUUAAUCAGCAUGAAGAUCUGCAGUUACACAAAAUAACUCACACGGAGGAGAAACCCUACCCAUGCCUGGAGUGUGGAAAGAGCUUUGCUCAUAUUAAAACUCUACAUAAGCACCAGAGAAUUCACUCUGGGGAGAAACCCUAUACAUGCCUGUUGUGUGAAAAGAGCUUCAUUCGGAGUGAUCAUCUACAUAAACAUGAGAGAACCCACACUGGGGAGAAACCCUAUACAUGCCUGAAGUGUGGAAAGACCUUUGCUCAGAGUGGAAUUCUACAGUCACAUGAAAGAAUUCACACUGGGGAGAAACCCUAUACUUGCCUGGAGUGUGGAAAGACCUUUGCUCAUAGUGGAAGUUUGCAUUCCCAUCAAAGAAGUCAUACUGGGGAGAAACCCCAUAAAUGCAUGGAGUGUGGAAAGAGCUUCGCGCGGAGCGGAAGUCUACAUUUACAUAAAAGAACUCACACUGGAGAGAAACCCUUUGUAUGCAGGGAAUGUGGAAUGACCUUCGCUCGUAAUGGAACUCUACAUAUCCAUCAAAGAACUCACGACGGGGAGAAACCCCAUAAAUGCAUGAAGUGUGGAAAGAGUUUCACUCUAAGUAGAAGUCUACAUUCACAUCAGAGAACACACACUGGGGAGAAACCCUAUACAUGCCUGGAGUGCGGAAAGAGCUUCACUCACAGUUCACAAUUACAUUCCCAUCACAGAAUUCACUCUGGGGAGAAACCCUAUAAAUGCGUGGAGUGUGGAAAGAGCUUUGCUCGGAGUGAAACUCUGCAUUCACAUCAUAGGACCCACACUGGGGAGAAGCCUUAUCAGUGCCUGGAGUGUGGAAGGAGCUUCAGUGAGAAAAGAAAUCUACGUUCACAUCUAAGAACUCACACUGGGGAGAAACCCUACAUAUGCCUGGAUUGUGGAAAGAGUUUCACUCACAUUGGAAGUCUACGUUCACAUCAAAAAACUCACACUGGGGAGAAACCCUAUACAUGCCAGGAGUGUGGAAAGAGCUUCAGUGAGAGUGGAAGUCUACAUUCACAUCAAAGAAUCCACAGUGGGGAGAAACCGUAUACAUGCCUGGAAUGUGGAAAGAGCUUCACUCACAUUGGAGGUUUACAUUCACAUCAAAGAACUCACAUUAGAGAGAAAGCCUAUACAUGCCUGGAGUGUGGAAAGAGCUUCACUCUUAUUGGAACUCUACACAAACAUCAGAGAACCCACACUGGGGAAAAGCCCUAUACAUGCCAGGAGUGUGGGAAGAGCUUCAGUGAGAGUGGAACUCUACAUACACAUCAGAGAACUCACACCGGGGAGAAGCCUUAUAAAUGCCUGGAGUGUGGAAAGAGCUUCAGUCAGAGUUCACAUCUGCAUAGACAUCACAGAAUUCACACUCGGGAGAAGCCCUAUAUAUGCAUAAAGUGUGGGAAGCGCUUCAUGUGGAGUGGUAGUUUAUAUUCACAUCAGAAAAUCCACGCUGGGGAGAAUGGUUGUAUCUGAUGCCAGAGAUGCACAUCUCUUAAGAUGUACAAAGGUAGCUCUAGUAAAUAUUGUAAAUGAGAGCAUAAUGUCAGGAUAUGUUAUCAUAUGUGGUGAUCUUGUAGGAAAGCCAAGAAAUAUUGGACACAAAUACAAGGGGUGGUCUUCAAAAAGUUGCACUUUUGAUAUUUUGUGAGGACCGGGAGUAGUAGUAAUUGGUCGUGUCUAAGUUUCUCAAAGUGGACAAAAGCAAAGCAGACGGCAAUCUCUCAAAGCAGAGAAGAGCCUGAAGCUCAAGGCACAAGGCCCGGAGGCUGCUCCCUUUGGUUCUAGUGCUCCCUCUGGCCCUAGCUCUUAACCCAAAAAGAUACUCUUAUGUCAAAGUGAUAGCUCUUAACUCAAAGCACUCUUAAGUUGGGACACCCUUAAGUGGAGGUACAUACCUUCACUUUUUAAUAUAAUAAUAUACUUCAAUUAUAUUUCAUUCUACCUCCCCAAGGGGACUCACAGUGGAUUACAAUAUACACAGAUAGGCAAACAUUUGAUGCCUUUAAUACAAUGGAAUAGCAAUGACAUGCAAAUGCACAGAACAGAGGUAAAGGCUUCUCCUUUCAUCCCUGGCUUUCUGGAGGCGGUGCUCAACUCUGGCCAUGGGGAGGUUCUCUGGUUCCAUUUCCAAGCCGAAGAACCUGUUGUCUGUAGAUCAUGUGGCCGGUAUGGCUGCAUGGACGCCUUUAUUAUUUUCCUGCUGAAGCAGUACCUAUUGAUCUACUCACAUUUGCAUGUUUUCUAACAGAUAGGUUGGCAGGAGCAGCGAGAGCUCACCCUGACCCACGGCUCAAAAACUGCCAGCCUUUAUGUCAGCAGGUUCAACAGUUCAAUGGUUUAACCCACUAUGCCACCGCAGCCCCUGAAAUAUGUAUAGAUUAGGUUCCCAGAGAUGUGCGGUUAGGUAAUUUGUCAUGCUAUUUAUUAGAAUAGCCAUGGUUUUUGUAUGUUACCCUGUUUCCCCUAAAAUAAGACAUCACCAGAAAAUAAGACCUAGUAGAGGUUUUGCUGAAUUGCUAAAUAUAAGGCUUCCCCCAAAAGUAAGACCUAGCAAAGUUUUUGUUUGGAAGCAAGCCCAGCGAACAGAACACCAGAGCAUGCAGGAUUGGUCAAUGUACGUACCAUAGAGUGUUGUACAUGGAAAUAAUGGUAAUAACAAGUAAUUCUUGAUAGGAUUCAAUUUGGUUAUGCUGGUUUGUGAUGACAACUACUGUAAUAAAUGUUCAUUUUUUUGUUCAACAAUAAAUGUGAAUUUUUCAUGGAAAAAUAAGGCAUCCCCUGAAAAUAAGACCUAGAGCAUCUUUGGGAGCAAAAAUUAAUAUAAGACACUGUCUUAUUUUUGGGGAAACACGGUAUGAAUAGUCCCAUUAGGACAGCGGUUCCCAACCUUUGGGCCGUGAGACCUAAAAUAAGAACCGUGAGACAUACGAGGAAAAUCAGCUCUAGAUUACUAAAUAUGGUUUUCUGUGGACAUGCCGAUGGUUACUAUUGGAUGGCAUAUGUUCCGUAUCAGAAACUGGAGCUGAUGUGGUCUAUUUAAUGCAGUUUUCUGAAUCAGCACCCCAAAGAACCAAACCGAAUCUAAAGUUGGCCCAAAACUGAUUCGUAACCCUUUUGGUACUAAUGUUGGAUAGUGGUCCCUGCUCAAAAAAUGGUUGGAAACCACUGCAUUAGAAAAUGCUUAAAACUACAACUUACAUCAUCAUCUGUCAUGGCAUUCAAACUACAUCAGUAGUCAAAGUUGGAUCAUGUUGGAUAAACAUGCCAGGUUUGGUCCAGAUUCAUCACCAGUUGGAUUCACAGGGCUCUCUGGAUGUGAGUAAACUACAACUCCCAUUGUCCUCUGUCAAUUUUCUCUCAACCUCCACCAGUAGUUUAACCUGGUCAUGAUGAAUCUCUAUGCCAAGUUUGAUCCAGAUCCAUCGUUGCUGGGAUUCACAGGGCUCUCAUGAUGUUCGAGCCAUCUACAUAUAUACACACACACACACAUUAUAUUGACUUUUAUUAUAUGUAUAGAUAGACAUUUCUACUUUUUUGUGUUAACUGCUUUUUAAAACUACUAUAGACCUGGUUUUAGACCAUGAUGAUGUUUGAUGCCUAUACUUUCAAUAUCAUUUCCUUCCUAUGUGUUAGUUGCAUGACUUGGAUUCAGUGGUUCGAUCCAUAUUAUUCCUAUUCUGUUUAGUAUAACAUAUAGUAGAGUGUUUGGAUCAUCAUCUAUUGCUUUUCACUAUCUUGUCUAUUAUUAUCUCAAAAAAAUUUUAAUUGACCCUCUUUUGGGUAUGUCUUUGGUUUUCACCACCGCGCAUGCUAUCUAGUUAGCCUUCCUUCCGCAUUUGCGGGAUUUGAUUGUUGUGGAAAAUCAGUGGGCUACAAAAGCGCAUGGGCAAACUAUAUGGUUCCUCAUGCCAUUUUGUCUGUUUGCAUCCACUACCCAGCCAUGUCUUCAUUUGUCACUUGAAUAAGACCAAAAGGACUUGUAGUUCUUAUAGUUAUGACAUUAUGCCCACUCCAAAAACAUCCUUUCAGCAGGACUUCAUUGACACGUGCUAUUUCUUUGGCUUAUGUGAGGACUUUGUAUGAAACUAGAUUUUAUAUGGCAGUGUAAAAGGGGCCUUAGUCCCUCUUAAAACAGCACCCAGAAGUAUUUUUUGUGUAGUUUUGAAAUUUGUACUUAUAGUUUAAAGCUAACCGACUGUGUGUGUGUAUGUAAUGCAGCACGUAAUCCAGUAAUGCAAGAGUUAACUACAUAGAGUAGAGAUUUAUGGCUAGAGGGAAACAGUGAAAGAUUUCCGGUAUGUAACAGGACAUUUGUCACUGCUGUGGAAUGUGGAAAGCGACAGCAGUGCUUCCCAUGCGGUGAUUGAAUGAGGUCGGAUGCACAGAUGCUAAGCUCCGGCAAAACUAUGUAAAUAUUGUACAGAACAGCAAUAAAGCAUAAAGCCACUGGUUUCAGCCGACAGCUGGGAAGUCUGGCUUUAUUUUCGUGCGACUGAGCAGAUUGCCAGAUCAUCGGAGGAGGCAAAUUGAGACAGGAGGUGAUAAUGUAACCAUUUCCUAACACUCUUUUCAUGAAAAUCUCAAAGCUUUUCACCUACUCUUAUAGCAUGGUCAGGCUGUUCAAUGCUACCUUCCUUUUGUCUGUUCAGCAGACCACUGCUUGACACUAAGACAUUGUUAUUUUGGUGUUAAAAAGACUGGCUUAUGGUAACCCUCUGAAUAGGAGACCUCCAAAAGAUUUGGACCUUGACUGUUCAGCUCAGCUAUGCCUUCAGCAGGUUGCUGGUUAGCGACAAACAGAAUCCCAGAGUUGGAAGAGACCACAAGGGCCAUCCAGUCCAGCCUCCCUCCAAAAGGAAACAUGGGUGUGCCUAGUAAUUGAAGCAAACUGGGUACUAUCACUUCACUUCACCACUACUAUGCAGCUUUGAAAGGACCCUUUUUCAAAUGACUUACCUGGCUGUGGAGAAACCAUGAUCAUGAAGCUGUUCUCAAGAAGCUCGUCCCUUGCUCUUUAGGUAUGAUGACACCUGCAAUUUCCUCAAAUAUUAGACUGUAAGAUACUCCAACAUUAGGAAGAACUGCGGAAAACUCAAGUCUGGGAGUGCUCUUGUUGACUGGUGUAAUCAAUUAUGCUUUCUCGAACGGUUCCAGUGACAUCAAACUUGUGGCCCUCCAUGUGUUUUGGGCUUCAGCUCCCAGAAUUCCCAGCUAUUGGACAAACUGGCUAUGGCUUCUUAGAGUUGGGAGUCCCAAACAUCUGCUUCUGUCUUCUAGCACAACUUUAUGGCAGAAGUUGACCAAGGAGUCACACUGGAGGACCUUGGCAGAAAGUGGAUGGAAAUGUCACCUUGCUGUAGAGUUCAAUGGAGAUUCUAAAGAAGGCAUGGGCAAAUUUCGGCCCUCCCUCCAGGUGUUUUGAACUUCAACUUCCACCAUUCUUAAUAGCCUACCAGUGUUUUGGACCUUCCUCCAGGUGUUUAGGAUUUCAACUUCCACCAUUCCUAAUAGCCUACCAGUGCUUUGGACCUUCCUCCAGGUGUUUAGGAUUUCAACUUCCACCAUUCCUAAUAGCCUACCAGUGUUUUGGACCUUCCUCCAGGUGUUUAGGAUUUCAACUUCCACCAUUCCUAAUAGCCUACCAGUGCUUUGGACCUUCCUCCAGGUGUUUAGGAUUUCAACUUCCACCAUUCCUAAUAGCCUACCAGUGUUUUGGACCUUCCUCCAGGUGUUUAGGAUUUCAACUUCCACCAUUCCUAAUAGCCUACCAGUGCUUUGGACCUUCCUCCAGGUGUUUAGGAUUUCAACUCCCACCAUUUCUAACAGCCUACCGGUGUUUUGGACCUCCCUCCGGGUGUUUUGGACUUCAUCUCUCACCAUUCCUAACAGCCUACCAGUAGGCUGUUAUGAAUCGUGGCAGUUGAAAUCCAAAACACCCAGAGGGAGGGCUGAAGUUUGCCCAUGCCCGUUUGAAAGGAUUACAUCUUUCCAAUUUCCCUUCAGAAUCUCUUCGUUGAAUUCUAUUACAAGAUAACAUUUCCUGCCUCCUUCUACAGUGAGCCGUCAGGACUCCAGUGGUCCUGCUAUGAAUGUCACAGUAGAGGGAAUGUCUAUUGGAGCAUGGGACACAGAAUGUUUUAACAGAGACAAUGUUAAUGUGGGAUUUGUGUAUUGAUAGUGUCUAAAUGCAAUUUGUGCCAUGCUUGUAUUGCAACUGAUUGCAUCGUGCAGAUUAUAUCAUAAUGUGGAAAGAGUUAAAUUGCCAAGAAGCUAUGAUGACCUUGAUGAAACUAGGGAGUAUCCAGACACAAGUGUUUGUGCAUAACGAUUGCAUCAGUUCAGUUGAGUUCUGUCUGCCUAGAGUUCGAGUCAAGUUCUGUUGGAGAACAGGGCAGUCCUGUGUUCGUCUGUCGUCUACAAGUCUGUUUGUGUUGAUUAUUGCUGCACACAGUAAAACUUUGUAAAUAGUUUUA